AUGCAGGGCUCACCCCAGAGGCGUUCAGCAGUCAGCAUCUUUAGCAGCUUUUUCCAGGGGCGCAGGCAUUCCUCCUCUGACCCCCUGCUCCGCAUGAUCCAGAGGCGCCGCAGCUCCGUGGUCGAGGUCCUGUCCUCCUCGACGCGCCGGGUGAUGGUGGCGGUGUCGUCCCUGAGUCCCGAGGAGCUGGACGCAAGUUUGCCUGAAAAAAAGAGAGGUUCCAGGCGUCCGACAGCGAAAUACACGAAGGUAGGGGAGCGCCUUCGCCAUGUGAUUCCUGGUCACAUGCAGUGCUCCAUGGCCUGUGGUGGACGUGCCUGCAAGUAUGAGAACCCAGCCCGGUGGAGUGACCAGGAGCAAGCCAUCAAAGGGCUCUACUCAUCCUGGAUAACAGAUAACAUACUGGCUAUGGCUCGACCCUCAACAGAAUUAAUUGAGAAGUACAACAUUAUUGAGCAGUUUGAAAGAUGUGGCAUAAAAACUGUAAUUAACCUGCAGCGUCCUGGGGAGCACGCGAGCUGUGGGAAUCCACUGGAACAAGAAAGUGGCUUCACCUACCUGCCUGAGGCUUUUAUGGGGGCUGGAAUUUAUUUUUACAAUUUUGGCUGGAAGGAUUAUGGAGUGGCCUCUCUCACUACUAUCCUUGACAUGGUCAAAGUGAUGGCUUUUGCCUUGCAGGAGGGGAGGGUGGCUGUGCACUGCCACGCAGGACUCGGUCGGACAGGUGUUUUAAUAGCUUGCUACCUGGUUUUUGCCACAAGAAUGAGUGCUGACCAAGCCAUUCUCUUUGUCAGAGCCAAAAGGCCUAACUCCAUUCAGACCCGGGGGCAGCUGCUGUGUGUCAGAGAGUUCACUCAGUUUCUGGUUCCUCUCCGGAAUGUGUUUGCCUGCUGCGAGCCCAAGGCUCACACCGUGACGCUGGCCCAGUACCUGACCCGGCAGAGGCACCUGCUCCACGGCUAUGAGAGCAGGCACCUCAAGCACGUGCCAAAGCUCAUCCACCUCGUCUGCAAACUGCUGCUGGACCUGGCUGAAAACAGGCAGGUGGUGGAGGCAGAGCUGCUGGAGAUCCCAGAUCUCUCAGCUGAGAUCGAAGAGACUGUUUCUCACCUGGUGUCCACGCAGCUAGACAGAGAAUUUGCAAGGCAGUACAGUGAUACCUCAGAGUCCUCCCACAUCCACUCCUCCACCUUCGAGACCCAGCACAGCCCUUUCUCCCUGGCACACGAAAGUGAUCCUCUUUGGAAAAGAAGGAAUGCUGAAUUCCUUCAGCCUCUUACUCACCUGAGGAGGAGUCUCAGCUUCAGUGAGUCAGACUUAAGGAGAACGGAGUUUCUUGUCGAGCAAGGAGAAACUGCGUGGACUGUACCUGCUCACAUACUGCUGUGCAACAAGCUGAAGCAGAGCAGUGGUGAGGAGAGUUCUGCCCCAGGAGAGCAACAGCCACAGGUGGAGCUGAACAAGGAGAUGUUGGUGCACAACACCUGCAUGUUCUGGAGUCAAAGGAGGUUUAACCUGGACGGGCGGAGGGAUGGAUCCUCACUGUAUCACAGGAGAAACUCUACCAAAGAAGUACAUCGCAGCAGGACCUUUUCUUCUGGUCUAGCAUCUCUCCCAAAUGCCAGGGAACCUGGAACCCCAAGGCACCACUACAGCAAUGAGACUGAUCACAGGAAAGAGCACAAGGCGUAUGGGUACGGCAGAGGAGUCUGUGCCUCCGAGGACUCCGACUCCUCUUCUUCUUCCAAAGUGAACUUUUCCAUUGGAUAUGAAAGCCAAGGGAGCAAAGAUGUGUCAGAGGCAAUUCCACACAUUGUUCUGCAGUCAGAAUUAAGUCUGGAAGCCCGAAGAAUUUUGGCAGCAAAAGCACUUGCAGAUAUCAAUGAAUUUCUGGGAGAGGAUGAAGUGAAGGAGAAGGUAGAGAUGUGGCAGAAAGAACUGAAUUCUCAAGAUGGAGCUUGGGAUAAAAUCUGUACUGAGAGAGAUCCUUUUAUCCUCUGUAGCUUGAUGUGGUCCUGGAUAGAGCAGCUGAAAGAACCUAUUAUACCCAAAGAUGAUAUUGAUCUGCUGGCAAAAAAAUGCACAGAAUCCCAGGAUGCUCUUAACUUACUGAGAAAGGAACAGUCUCAGACCAUCCUUUGCAUUCUGCACUGUGUGGUGAACUUGCAAACGCUACCAGCUGAUGUGGAGGAGGCCUUACUUGCUCGUGCUAUUAAAGCUUUCACUAAGAUAAGCAUCGAUUCUGAAAACGGACCAUAUGUUUACAGCACCUUGAAGAAAGUAUUUAAACAAACACUGGAAGAAAAAAGAAAAAGGCUGAAGGAAGGAACAGAGCAUCCCUCUUGA